AUAGGGUGUGUCAAAAUAUUUUCGCCUAAAGGAUUUUCACGCGAAUUUUCCACAAUCUCCCCACGACCCACACACUGCCCAGCUGCAACAGUACAAAUCCCUCAGUGAACAUGUCCAGGAGAGCACAGGAGGCGUGAUGGAGACUCGCGUGCAUCCUUCCAGUCGCAAUGAGUGACAUGAAGGUGGAGGAAAAUCGCCUCCGGACGUUCUCGCGCUGGCCCAGCGACGCCCCCGUGAGUCCCGAGAGGAUCGCCAAGGCGGGCUUCUUCGCCACGGGCAGCGACCUGGAGGUGCAGUGUGCCUGGUGCGAGAAGAAGAUCGCGGCGUGGGAAUAUGGAGAUCAAGUGAUCGCACGACAUCGUCGCCUGGAUCCGCUGUGUCGCUUCGUGAUCAAUCCCACCGAGUCGGGCAAUGUGCCCAGGGCCUCGGGCAGUUCCCAGGCCACCGGCGUGGACGACUGGAAGAACGAGGAGACGCGCCUGCGGAGCUUCUCGCGCUGGCCCGUGACCUUCGUCAGUCCGGCGGCGCUGGCCAAGGCGGGAUUCUACUUCUUCAACCUGGAGGAUCGCGUGCGGUGCGCCUGGUGUCAGGGUGUUGUCGGCCAGUGGGAGGAGGGCGACGAUCCCUUCACCGUGCACCAACGCUUCUUCCCCACAUGCCCCCGGGCAGUUCUGGGGCCGAACAUUGACAUUCCCGCCGGCGAGAGGAUCUCCGAACUGGGCAUUCAGGCCACACGACCCCCGAAGAUGCCCAAGUACGCCUCCCUGGACGCCCGACUGAGGACCUUCGCCGCCUGGCCGGUGGCCGAAGUGCAGCGCGGCGAGAUCUUGGCGCAGGCGGGCUUCUACUAUCAGGGCAAUCAAGACCAGGUGCGCUGCUUCCAGUGCGAUGGCGGACUCAAGUGCUGGCUACCGGACGACGACGCGUGGUGUGAGCACGCCAAGUGGUUCCCCAAAUGCCAGUUCGUGCAGCUGAUGAAGGGCCAGGCGUACAUCGAGGCCAUCCAGCGCUCCUCGGCGUCCCAGAAGCAAGAGUCCAGCGCCCGCACGGGCCGCCCAGAGCCCACGAUGACCCUGGACGAGGCCAUGGCCACGGAGCCCGUGCGCCAGACGCUGCGCAUGGGUCUGCACGAGGGACGCAUCCGGGCGGCCACGAAGCAGCAGCUGGAGCACCGCGGACGUCCCUUCGACACCGCCGACGAUCUCGUGCGCGCCGUCCUGGGCGGACAGGUGUUCAACGAGGUGGACCUGGACGAAGUGGAGCCGCCCGAGGGCUCCAAUGUGAUCGUGCGACGCGUGUCAGACAUCAUUGGCUUCCUGGUGAACAGCACAACGCACAGGAUGAGCACGGAAGCGCCACCAGCCGCCCAGGAGAUGGCCCCACCAUCGUCACCAGAUGCGCCCGAAGUACCCAAGGACGCCCAGAGUCUCGAGGAGGAGAAUCGGAAGCUGAAGGAUGCUCGACUGUGCAAAAUCUGCAUGGAUGAAGAGAUUUCCAUCGUUUUCUUGCCCUGUGCGCAUCUCGCGAGUUGCGGCCAAUGCGCUUCUGGAGUGUCUCACUGUCCACUCUGCAGAUCUGUUAUCAACGGACGCGUCCGCAUUUUCCUGUCGUAAAGUGGACUAAAUCCAGCAUAAAUGUUUCUUGGAUAUACGAUGUAAUAUUUCUUGUUUCCUGUAACUUAAAAAAAAAACAACAACAACAACAUAGUGAAUUACAUUUAUGACACCAGAGAAGCUCCGCCCACUCACAAGUCCCGC